AUGGCUGCAGUCCUAGCUAGAGGCCGCCAACGUCUCAGCACGCGGCCGUUCGUCGUUACGCUCCUGAUUAUCUCAAUUCUCACUGCAUAUUCAUUUCUUGCGCAUACAUAUCACCCUUCAGCGCCAGGAGCCCUUACGUACGAUCCCGCGCCCCAUCUUGUGUCUCGGAGCAAGCACGCCGAGCCGCAGUGCCGAGAAGUUCGCUCCGUCAAGGACCAAUGUGCCUUUGUCAAAAAGUACUGCAAAGAUGACGAUGCCGGCCUCAUAUCGUACUUGGACCUCUACUACUGCAAACUGGGCCAUGCGCAACCGGUUGCGUUCAUUAUCAUUGUCCUCUGGCUCGGCAUGCUUUUCACUACCAUUGGCAUUGCUGCGAGCGACUUCUUUAGCGUCAACCUCAGCACCAUCGCCACCAUUCUACGGCUGAGUGAAAGCUUCGCAGGCGUGACGUUCCUAGCCCUCGGCAAUGGAUCACCCGACGUCUUCAGCACAUUGGCCGCCAUGGCGUCUAACAGCGCCAGUAUGGCCGUCGGUGAGCUGCUCGGCGCUGCCUGCUUCAUCAGCGGUGUCGUCGCAGGGUCGAUGGCUCUGGUACGCGAAUUCAAAGUCGACAGAAGAUCUUACGUGCGAGACAUAUGCUUCCUCAUUGUGGCCGUCGUGUUUACCAUGAUCUUUCUAGCUGAUGGAAGCCUGCACUUUUGGGAGUGCUGGACCAUGAUUGCUUUCUACAUGCUGUAUGUAGCCACCGUUGUUGGCUGGCACUGGUAUUAUUCACGCAGAAAGCUGCGACUUCGUCGUGAAGGCGAAGCUCGCAGCCAUUUCUACGGCUCCACCAGCCAAUCUGGCGACGAGUUGGCUGGCGAGCCAUACCGCGACGACCCUGACGACGUUGACCGCACCCAUGGCGCCCCGGAGCAGCGCACGCCUGACAUCUCUGCCUUGGAAGCUGGUCCGCGCAUUGAACUCGAAGGUCAAAAUUGGGACGAGGCAGUUGACGAGCAGGCGCAAGACCAUGAGAGAAUGGUUGCUGCAGAAGUCUCCAGGAGCAUGCGAGUCUUGCGAACGAGUCGAAACCGGCGGAAUACCAAGACAGCAAUUCGACCCAGUCUUGUCGGCGCUUUGGAGUUCCGAUCCGCGCUUGCUCAACUUCAGCGUGAAAGCAACUGGCAGCUUUCCAAUAUGCCGAGCCGGAGCCAUUCCGUUAGCCAUGUCCCUCAGCAACGACGCCGCGGCACCUCGGUUGCCGAGCCCUCUGGUGGUGCUCGCUCGCACCCCGAUCCUCAUUUCGACCCCAGCGGGCAUGGACGCGGGCGAGCAUUUUCAUCAUGUACUGCGCCUGGAGUAAUCACUGAAACGGCAGACAUGAGCGAUGACGGACAAGGGACAGAGCAACCAGAGGACGCUACCAAACCGUCAUGGCCUUCUCCAUCCUACAUUGUGGAUGGAAACCUAGCCCCUCCUCCAACCAAUGCUUCAUCAGUCUCUUCGGUGUCGACGAGCGGAACGACCGAGGGUCAGGCUCGUCCGAAGCUGCCGUUGCUUGUGGUGCGACCCCCUACGCGGCAAGGCGGCCCCAGCGACGGCUCAGCACCCACCUCGCCGUUUCCCCAAUUUACCGACUCCCCAGUGUUGCUCACACCAUCGCCGAACGCCGAGCCCAGCGAAUUCAUGCUUCCCUCUCCUGUAGCACGACGAGUCGAGGUGCCUGGCUCUUUGCGAGACUGCGACUGCAUUGCUGAACCGAAGCCUGUCUUUUGGUGGCCGUAUUCUAUCUUGCCACCGCCGCACAUUAUUCUAGCCACUCUGUUUCCAACACUACAGGGCUGGCGUAGCAAGACGUGGUGGGAUAGGUUUGUCAGCACCAUCUCUGUUCCUAGUAUCUUCCUGCUGGUCUUGACGCUGCCUGUGGUUGAGCCGGAAGAGGAUGAGGACGACCACACUGAUGUGACCAUAGCAUCACAAUCUGGUCUCGAUGGCACUUCGUAUAGUGUUGACCGGUUAGCUCAGCUGAACGGCCAGCGAGAAGGUAACGCAGAGUGGCAAAGAUACCGGGACCAUGAGAUUCGCAGCAACAGUUGUUCUUCGUCGUGCCGGCCGUCACCGCGCUUGCAAGCUCUGACAAACGAGAAUACUCUGGUCAAUCCAUCAUCUGCAGCUGACGGGGCGCCCACAGCUGUCGCGAACAAGACAUUAUCGGACUUUCCUUCAGCCGGCAACAGUACCGCCGACCCUGGGACGUGGAACAGGUGGCUUGUCUGCGUGCAGUUGUUCACGGGGCCGCUGUUCGCCGUGUUUAUCGUAUGGGUAAACCAAUUGGACGAGUGGCAAAAUCCAAGGAGAACACUCGUCAAGAUGGUGCUGUAUUCGUUGCUGUUGUCGCUGGUCUUGCUCGCGCUGCUGGUCUUCAUCACGGUCGAGCAUAUCCGGCCCAAGCAUCACUAUACUUUGUGCUUUAUGGGAUUCGUGAUCAGCAUUGCGUGGAUUUCGACCAUUGCCGGCGAGGUGGUUGGUGUCUUGCAGACGCUCGGUGUUGUGCUGGACAUUUCGGAAGCUCUCCUUGGGCUUACCAUUUUUGCAGCGGGCAACAGCGUUGGCGAUUUGGUGGCUGAUAUUACCGUGGCCCGGCUUGGCCACCCUGUAAUGGCAUUGUCUGCAUGUUUUGGUGGUCCUCUGUUGAAUAUUUUGCUGGGCAUUGGUAUAGGUGGUGUCCUGAUGAUGGUGCAGGGCGCCAACCAGGAGAGGAAAAAGCAUCCCGACCGACCUGUGCACUACGGACCGUAUCCUGUUAAGAUUGGCGGCACGCUGCUCGUCUCGUCUGUGACACUGAUAGUCAUUCUGAUUGGACUGCUGGUGGCUGUGCCGCUGAACAAAUGGGUGCUGAGCCGCAAGAUUGGCUGGGCGUUGAUUGCGGUAUGGUCAAUCAGUACGGCCAUGAAUGUAGCCAUGGAGGUGAGCGGCGUCUGGGGCGGUUCAAAGAGUUCAUAG